AUGCUCACUUUGCUCAAACUGUCCAAUUCAAAUCGAAGAAUUUCUCUGCGGCCUGCCGCAUUCAAUCUCGAUGAAUUCAUAGACUCCCUGGCUAAUGAUCGGUAUCAAGGGACCAGAUAUGUGGACCUUAAGGAGCAAGAUAUGAUCACUUUAUGCCAAAUGACAAAACAUAUUAUUAUGAGUCAAUCUAUUCUGUUGGAAAUAGAGGGUCCAAUCAAAGUUUGUGGUGAUAUCCACGGUCAGUAUCGAGAUUUACUUAGGCUCUUUGAAAUGUGUGGCAAACCUGAAAAUGGCAAUUUCCUCUUUUUGGGAGACUAUGUUGAUAGAGGAAAACAAAGUCUUGAAGUUAUAUGUCUCCUUUUCGCCUACAAGGUCAAGUACCCUUCCACGUUUUUUAUACUUCGCGGUAACCACGAGUGUCAAGCUAUCUCUCGGAUUUACGGAUUUUUUGAUGAGUGUAAGCGGCGUUACAAUGUUAAACUUUGGAGACAAUUCCUCGAUGUUUUCAACUGCCUUCCAGUAGCGGCAAUCAUAGAACAGCAAAUUUUCUGCUGCCAUGGGGGUAUAUCACCCGAAUUUCUCAAACAAGAAAUUCGUGCAAUAGCAAGACCAACUGAUGUUCCUGAAGAAGGGAUCCUAUGUGAUCUUCUGUGGGCAGACCCUCUGAAUCCUGAUAUGCUUGAUCCUGAUACUGGAUUCGGACCAAACGAACGUGGCGUUUCAUAUGUUUUCAGUCCUGAGGUUGUCGAUCGAUUUUUGACCAGGUUUGGACUAGAUUUGGUGGUUAGAGCUCAUCAGGUUGUAGAAGAUGGAUUUGAAUUUUUCGCAAAUCGGUCCUUCGUGACUAUUUUUUCAGCGCCAAAUUAUUGUGGCGAAUUUGAUAAUGCCGGAGGCAUAUUUUGCUUGAAGAAAAAUGUUUCUAAUAAACCGAAUUCUAAAGAGGCUGAGGUUGAUCUGGAAGGUAGCUUUAUGAUCCUCUAUCCCGAAUAUCCUAGAAAAUCUACAUUUACUAUUCGAAAAGGCAGCCCGAAUAGAAAGUAA